CGUAAUCCGGCCCGGCUUGGCGACGGAUCAAAGUUUAGGUCGGGCCACCCUCGUCAUCGAACCACUUGGUUGCCGAAGCUACACAUCCCACCAUUCCCCGCCAUACAUCACCCCCACCAGCGUACGCCACCAUGAACGCGUCCAAGACCCUCCGUCUGCUGCACCGCCCAGCGCCGUCGCCGCAAUGCCUCCUUCGUAUUGCCCGGACGAAGCAGUUCCACUCGUCGCCCAUGCUCCAGAAGUUCAAAACCGUCGAGGAGGCUAAGGCGAGGUAUCGUAGUGGACCGUUCUCGUGGAAAGCCGGGCUUCUGUUUGUCGCUUCCGGUGUCGGACUGGCGUUUUACUUCCGCAUGGAGAAGGAACGGAUGGCGAGGAAGAAAAUCGCCGAGUUGUCAAAGGGUGUCGGGAGGCCUAAGGUCGGAGGCCCGGUGACGGGCUUCGUGGAUCAGAAUGGGAAAGUGAGGGAGGAUGCGGAGUUUGCGGGGAAGUACCGAUUGGUUUACUUCGGAUUCACCCAUUGUCCAGAUAUAUGCCCCGAGGAGCUGGACAAAAUGGCCGGGAUGAUCGAUCUGGUCAAGAAAAACCACGGUAACAUCAUGACGCCGAUGUUCAUCACCUGCGAUCCGGCACGCGAUACGCCCGAAGUCAUGAAGGAAUAUUUGGAAGAGUUCCACCCGGAUCUUAUCGGAUUCACCGGCACGUACGAUCAGAUCAAACAGCUCUGCAAAGCAUACCGCGUAUACUUUUCGACGCCGCCCGAUAUCAAGCCUGGACAGGACUACCUCGUUGACCACUCAAUCUACUUCUACUUGAUGGAUCCCGACGGUGAUUUCGUCGAGGCGCUGGGUCGUCAACACACGCCGGAGCAAGCAGCGGCCAUCAUCGGGAAGCACGUCAACGAUUGGCAGAAGCCGCUGAGGAAGGAUUAAGAGGUGGAGAUUAGAUCGCUGUGACACGUGAAAUGUAUAUUGUUGUACAGUACAUAGGAAAUUCUUGGAUUACAUAGACAUUUUGGGGGCUUUUUACGAAGACGGUUGCACGACUGCGAAGGUUGUUGACGG